CUCGGAUGGGAGUAAAUAUCCCAGAGUUCCGCGCGGUCCUGGUCCUUCCGCCCCAGAAGCCAUUGAAGACCGGCAGCCAUGGCUCUGCGCUACCCCAUGGCCGUGGGGCUCAACAAGGGCCACAAAGUGACUAAGAACGUGAGCAAGCCGAGGCACAGCCGGCGCCGCGGGCGCCUCACCAAGCACACCAAGUUCGUGCGGGACAUGAUCCGGGAGGUGUGCGGCUUUGCGCCCUACGAGCGGCGCGCCAUGGAGCUGCUCAAGGUCUCCAAGGACAAGCGGGCCCUCAAGUUCAUCAAGAAAAGGGUGGGGACGCAUAUCCGCGCCAAGAGGAAGCGCGAGGAGCUGAGCAACGUGCUGGCCGCCAUGAGGAAGGCAGCGGCCAAGAAGGACUGAGCCCUCACCCCCGAUGUCCCCACAAUAAAUGUCUCCGUUCACAUCA